AGUGGUGGAUUUGCUUCUUAGUUCUUAUAAAGAAUCAAUUACCGCCUUUGCCAAUACAUACUCCCCAUUCAUCGAAACACUUUAAUGCCAAGUCUGGACUAAAAGUGCUAAUAUACUUAAACGGAAUAAUUAGCGGAAGAACAUCUAUCUACUAUAUGCUUUGCUUUAUCUCAAAGAGAGCGCGCGAACCAGAAAGCAACCCGAGUUUCUCAUUUUUGGGGUUUAGGGUUUUUGCAAUUUUCCUUCACAUGGAGGCACCAAAUAGUCCUGUCUCUAAUCAGCCUCCUCGCAGCUCCACCUCCUCUUCUUCCUUCCUCAGAGAAGUUCACUUAUACGAUUGGUGGUUGAUUAAAGCCGAAGAUGAUGCUGGAGGCAAGCAAUUGGCUGUUGAAGGUUUCACUUGUAAAGAGAGACCAGAUGAUAGACUUUUCACCUCCACAGCAAUUGCGAAGAGGCAUGAUACCGUCACUUUAGUGACAGUGGAUGGCAUCACCAUUCUUGUUAGCGGUUUAAUAAAUAGGGUUCAGACUCUUCAAAAUGGGUUCUCGUCAGAGGUUUGCAACCAGUUCCUUAUUGGAUUUCCAUACAACUGGAAAGAAUCGGAUGCUCUAUCAUUUGGAGAAUCAACCAAUGAAGAUGCAGCCUUUGGAAUUCCUGGUUUCUCAGAGUCAAAAGCAUCAGCUGAUCGCACAAGUAGCUCCUUCUCUAUGCCUAUUGAUCAUCUUCCCGCCACUGUUUUACGAGAUAUCUUAAUAUCGAGUGCUGGUAAUCCAGAAGGCGGGAUGCUAAGAAAGAGUAUUUUUCGUGAAAUAGUGCAGAAAUAUGGCACCAAUGCUUUUAAUAUUGGUGAAGCCUCUUGUUUGAACCAAAAAAGUAGUAAUCAGGUCACAACCGAAGAUCCUUCUUUGAAUGAAAAUCCUAUUCAAAAGAAGAAAGCUAAAACUAACUGGAAGCAAGAGGAUAGCUGUAUACCAGAUGCAAAAUCUGGAAAAGAAGACUUUCAGCAAGCUACUCCGGAGGAUAUACCAGAAAAGAGUGUUUUGAGUAGAAUACUACAUAAAAGUGGUGACAAUGCUUCUAUCCUUGGUGAAAAUUCUUCUUUGAACCAAAAAAGUGGUACUCAAGUCAUAAGCAGAAGUCUUUUACUGGAUGAAACUGCUUAUCAAAAGAAGAAAGCUGCAGCUAGUUUGAAGAAUGAAGAUGAUAACCAUGUGCCCGAUGCACAAAGUAGAAAAGAAGUGCUUCAGAAAUGUAAUGAUGAGAGUGGAGCUGGCAUUGAUAACAAUAGCUUAAGGAGCAGCCCUUUCAUAAGAAGUUUAGCUAGCCUUUAUAAGAAAACCACAAUUAACUGGAAGGAAGAAGAAAAGAGAAAUGUGCAUAAAGUAGAAUUUUAUAGGAAAUUUUGGGAUACUUAACCAUGCCACUACCUCGAGUAAUUGUUCAUUGACAAGAAGUAGAGCUCAAAAACAAGUUUAAGCAACAAGUUCAAGAAGGAAAUAGAUUUUUGUUAAAGGUGUUAUCGGAGUUCCGUUGUGCAGAUUAACUACCUCUGGAGACUGGGGAACCAUUCUUGUUCAAAUUUUGAAGGUUAUGUUUUGUUAUGGAUUGCAUAACACCUCCUUGUCUCUUCUUCUAAAUGUCAAUCUAGCAUUUUCAAUUUUUCCUUUUUGUGUUCCUCUUAAGAAGAUGGUGAUCGUGCUUGGACCAAGAGGUAUUAAGAAGAUUAAGCAGUUUCAUUAUGUGACAGGGUACUUCAAUGCUACUGCUGUAAUUUGCACUUUGUCAAAGUUAUUCCAUACGUUAGACAUCUUGCUUGGCAUUCCAAAUUUCCAAUUUGACAUCUUAUCCUA